UAAAUUAAUAAAUAUAGCAAUUUCAUCCCUAUAAAAUCAGUGAACAUGGACCCCAAAACUCCUCAGUGACAGACGCACUCACCCCCAACCCCACCAACCACGGGGGACAGUGGCAUGGACCACAAAAGAUCCCCACCACCGCCCUCCUCCGCCACCAAAAUCACAAGAGCCACCAGAUCUGGUGGCAGUGGCUCAAUCAUACUAGAAAAAUACAAACUUGGCUGCGUACUUGGCCGUGGUAGCUUUGCAAAAGUAUACCAUGCGACUUCAUUAGAUGACAAUUCAGAUGUAGCCAUCAAGGUCAUCGACAAGGCCACCACAGUGGAUGCCGCCAUGGAGCCACGCAUAGUUCGUGAAGUCUCAGCCAUGCGCCGCCUCGAACACCACCCCAACAUCCUCAAACUCCACGAAGUCAUGGCCACCAAAACCAAAAUCUACUUAGUCAUGGAGCUCGCCCCCGGCGGCGAGCUCUUUGCUAAACUCAGCCGCCAGCGCAGGUUCUCCGAAUCCACCGCACGACUCUACUUCCACCAGCUUGUCUCCGCCCUCAUAUUCUGCCACCAAAACGGCAUAGCCCACCGCGACAUUAAGCCACAAAAUCUACUCCUUGACAACAAAGGGUCCCUGAAAAUCACAGAUUUUGGACUCUCCGCGCUGCCGGAGCAGAAAAAAGACGGCCUAAUAUACACAGCCUGCGGCACACCGGCAUACACCGCGCCGGAAGUAGUCUAUCGCAAAGGAUAUGAUGGAUCAAAGGCUGAUGCGUGGUCAUGUGGAGUUCUUUUGUACGUAUUUCUUGUGGGUUGCAUUCCUUUUGACGACAGAAAUUUAGCAACUAUGUACCGGGCAAUACACCAUCGCGUUUACGAGUUCCCUCCGUGGCUUUCAAAACCCGCAAAGAAUGUUAUAUUCCGCUUGUUGGAUCCCAAUCCCAAAACCAGGUUGAGUCUGGAAGAGUUAAUCAAACUUCCUUGGUUCAACAAGUCAUUCUCACAAGAAUCUUUGGUUUUACAUGAGCAUCAACUUUCGGAUCAAGAGUUCAAGUACUUGGCUAGAAUAAAUGCUUUUGAGAUAAUUUCGAUGUCUUCUGGGUUGGAUUUAUCGGGGCUAUUUGAAUCAGAAAUGAAAUGUAAACAGAUGAGAUUUACUUCAAUAUCAGAGGUGGAGGAAAUUGAGGAAACGGUGGUGAAAAUUGGGGCAGGACUGGGGUACAGAAUAGAGAGACAGAAAGGCGGGGGAAUUGGAUUGGUGAAGGGAAGGGUUUUUUUGGUGGUGGAAAUUUGGGAGGUGGCGCGUGAGUUAUGGUUGGUGGAGGUGAAGGUUGCUGGUGGCGGAGGGGGUGGGGAUUUGCAGUGGAAGGAACUGAAAUUAGGUCUUAAUGAUAUUGUUCUGUCAUGGCACAAUGAAUCACUUCCUAACAGCGCGAAUAAAACAGUAGAAACUGAAGAUGUACAAAGUUGAAGGAUUCCAAUCUCUCUUUAUUGAAUGACCACAAAAUUUUAUUUGUUUUAUUUUUUAAUUACGUUGCUGAUCGGAAGGUUAGCUGUUUUGUAUCAACGGAAUUGUGAUUCUUAAAUCUACAGUUUAGUUAGCUCUGUAACCCCCCACUCGAUCAUGUCGUGUUGACAAAGUCUGGUACUUUAUAUCGAAUAAUGUAUGCAUAAAAUUGUGGAAUUAACUUUUGGGUGUACAUCUUUAGUA